AUGCCGGAGCCCCAGGUGACUAUGGCACAAGCCCUCUUCCGACCAAAGGAGCCAGGGACCACAAGCUUCCCGGGGCCGGUAUCCGGCCCGGGACAUGGUGGCCUCGCCUCGAGGCUCGUACCGAGCCCGGGAGCGGUUGACCUCUUUCCCGGAACGGCCCAUGCGUUGCCCCCUCUGUCAGGCCAAGGCUUGGGAGCCUUCAGGCCCUAUCAUGCCGGGGCUUAUACUGACCCGGGACCGCCCGCCCUUGAUGAGGCAUCUAAGGCCCUGCAGACUAUUGCUAAAGCCAUAUCCUCCAAGGACGAACCCUCUGGUCAAGAACGGGGCAAGCUUUCUUCUAUUGGCAAAACUGAAGAGCGCUUGGUCUUCUUGGCCCGGGGGUGUGACACCCUUACCGUGCACAUCGGGGAGGCGACGGUAGGCAAAGACCUAGCCCUAAGGUCUAUGGCUUCGCAGAACAGACCUCUUCUCCGCGAGAUUGGGUAUCCGGUCAACAUCAGCAACCGGAUUGCCUUUGGAAUUUCGUCCCUCAACAUCGGGGGCAAGGGGUCCGUUCCGGACUACUGUCUCAGCGUGGCAGAUUUUCCUCAAACAUCAGAAGAAGAGUUUGACCUUUUCCCUCCUCCGGGGGAUAACAAACUAGAAAAAAGGGGAAGAAACCCUACCACACUCACCGGUUGGUACAGGAAUGCUUUGCGACAGGCCUGGGCCCUCGCGUGCGCUUUCGGGGCUGAAUUUUACGCAAGCUGGGAGAGCGCUGCUGCGCAGCUCCUUAAGCUUGGUGAAGAAUACACCCACGCUUGGCCCUUACAAGCCGUCCUCAGCACUUGGGAGGAACUCUGGGGCCGCUUCGUGGAAGAGCUCAGGGCCAUCGACCGCAGCGCGCGACGGGAAAUGCAAGAUGAGAGUCCCAGUUUCGACAGACUGCGCUUCUUUGCCACUUCACCUGGGGCCGACGGGACGCCUUGGCUCAGGUUGCCACAGACCUUUGACUUGCAGGCCUUGGGAGAGUACUUCCAAACCGACAUUGUCCCCCGUCAAAGGCGGCUUCUUGAUCGAGCCUGCUGGAACAUGGCAUUCAAACGCCCGUCCCUAGCAGGGGGAAGGGCAGGUGAAAACGCGGAUAACGCAGCGGGAAAUUUGGGAGAUGGCGCUAAAGCCGGAAACCAACACACUCCAAAACCCAAUGCCCCAAAGGAAGUUGGUCAGCUGCUCGGGUCUCCGCUGACGCCCAAAGAAGUCAGCCGAUCCAUGGACCAUCGACCCAAGGAUCGAACAGGCAAAUACCUUUGUUGGGACCAUUUUUCCCACCGCAAAUGCGCAAAAGGCAAAGACCGCCCCCAUUCACAUGUCGGGGGAGCCCCGAAGUGGGACACCCUCGAUUGGAGCAUUCAGAUGCAGCUAUUGCGCCGAGGCGGGCAUCCCGCCCGGGCGAAGCUGAAAGCAGGUCAGGUCGACGCUGCAGUUGAAACUAUUCGCAAGGAGCAGGCAGCGAAGCUGGCUACGAACGUACAGGAAGGAAAAAGGGCCAAAGAGCGAGAAACCUCUAAGAGGGCAGCCGGACCACCAGAAGACCCCCCUGAAAGCCACACACAAUAUCGUAACGAUACGAGGGCUGGUUGGGUCUCUGCCCCCGGAGGGCUGAACAACUUCGCACCCACCGACAUGGAGGCGCCACUUGCCUCACUGAUGGGAGGGCAGGCAGAAACCAGUUGGACUGCCGAUCAUGCAAGCCCUGCCGCACGCACGGCCCAACUGGUCGUCCCGCACGAUCAGCCGGAGGCGGGGGAGAGGCUGAGACAUAUGCAGGUCAUUGACGACACCUUGCAGCUCCCCGAAAUGCCCCUGCAUCUGGGCGUGCAUCUUCGGAAUCGGGUGCUCACUGACGCCGCUGCCCAGCCUCAGGCUGCUGAUAUCCAAAGGUAUCUGGAAGAAGCGGUUCAGGAAGGAAGCGCAGAACUGGCCGCAGAAGCCACCGAGUUCUUACAAACCUAUCCGGACUUGCGGGUAGGGUCUGUCUCGCACUGCGGGGAGCUCAGUGUCCUGUCUGCAGACAGCAAUUUGGGGGCCGCUACCGGGACCUUCACCUGGCUCGAUACCACUUAUCACGUCUAUGAUUAUGGUGACCAGUUGAGCCCAGCCCAUUCAGGGCUGCUGCCGUGUGACGAGCCACACCCAUCGCAGGAACCCAGGCAAUGUUUUUUCCUCCACGUGGCGGCUGGCCUGCUCACUAGAAAGUCCGGAACCCCGCCUACUUACGAGGAGACGUGUGUGCAGGCUCUGGCCCUUCAGCGCGAAAUGUACCACUCCGCGGAAGAAUGCCUUCAAGCCCUAGGGCCCGAGCCUGAUCAGUGCACCCAAGCGGAGGACGACCUGCGCACUUUCGCGCAUGACGCUCUCUAUUACGGCCAUGAUAAGGAUUAUCGAUGUUUGGCUGCUCUUCCCCUGUCGGCCGCCGAUGAGCGCACCUUUUGUCUCGUCCGCAUGGACGACUGGCGCCGGGUCACUUGUGAGGUCAUUCAAGGGGUUAGUUCCUGCGCCACACCUCGGAGCCUCGUUUGGCUUCUGGUCCACCAAGGUCACAUGCGCCUGCUCGUUCCGCCCAUGGACCGGGCUUUGCCUACCGGAGCCCGCGUAGUCUCGGCUGCCGGUUGGGAACUUCACCUAGAAGCGGCUCUGACGCACGGGGCGCGCCUUCGCGCCCGUGCCGCCAAACCCUGCCCUCGGUGCUAUUCGGAUCCACACCGUCGCACCGGUCGUGCUGCCGGCGUUUUUGGCUUAUAUCCCUUUCCGUCCCCGCCACCCGUAGGCACUCGCACGGGGGCACCUGCUUGGGAAGACACCGAGCCCUCCCCGUCGCAAUGGUCUAGGCAGGACUUGGCUUCCUGGCUUGGCGCCGAUCUUCCUGAUGGGACUCCCCCUGAUCUCUUUGAUCUGGCACCGCCCCCUUUCUCGCCCUCCGGUGUGGAGCGACCCGCUCUAAGCUUCGAGCCGUUAUCACUCUCCUUCGCCCACGACACCUUUGGCUUACCCUGCCCCUCCACCCCUUUGGAGGCUCGUUUUGAAUCGUCUCGCGGCAAGGAUGCUUCCCCCGGCUCUGGAUGUGGCCGCCGCCACCUGGACUUCCUCUUGGACCUAGGCCGCCUUCAAUCCCUGUCCGGGGGCACCUUCAGCGUGCUCCACCAUCUUACCAGCACCGCGUGGCGGGAACCGGCAGCUGUCGCUCUUUUGGCUUCUGUCCCACGGGCGCGGCCCUGCUCCCCGAGGCGCGUUUCGCGCCCGGGGCCGGCUUGCGGCGAGCCGGUCACGCUGCCCUUCGCCUCCCCUUUGGGGACGCCUCCGGGGCGCACCUGGGGCGGGGGGGGGGCGGGGGCUUCGCUGCUCUCCUCGCUCAGCAAAAGCGAUGUCUAUGGGCUUCGAGGGCCACUGCAGGACCCUCCUCCAAAGCAAACGGAGGAAGCGGCGGGCGCCUACCUUGAUUUUUUCCAAGGCAAGGAUUUUACGAAGGAAAACUUUGCCGAGGCGGCCCAACAGGGGAGCAGACUCCUGGAGGUCGCAGGAGGAUGGAAGGAGGCGCUGAGGGCCAUUCGACGGCAUUGGGUCCGGACACACGGGGAUCACCUCGCACUUCACAGCGACUUUUUCGAAGGAUUGGUUCACCCAGCUAUCUUGGAGAGGGCCAGGCACGUGGCCGUUUGGGGAGUCUCCGCAGAAGCAGAUUUGGAAGAGACCCAAAGGGUGCAAAGCGCCCCCCAUCCUAGCCUGAAGGAGCACAUCGAAGAAGCCGCCAAGCAGCUUUGGGAGGACGCCGCCAAGGGGCGGUGCCUUCUUUGUUACGACAAAGGAGAAGGACUGGAAGGGGUGAUUUCCGUCCCUAUGGCCCGUGUACCAAAGAUGAACCCAGACCGGAGAUCCUGCUCAGCAAAAAGGAUCCUGCUCAGCAAAAAGGACGUGGCGGAGGCCUUCAAAUGGAUCCCCCUCAAAUUGGAAGACGCCAAGCUCUUCGCAGCUGAUGUCCCUGCUGAAUUCACUCAGACUUCGGAGGGGACCACGUUGAUUUAUAGUUUUUUGACGUUUGGCUGGUGUGGUGCUCCGGGUGAGUACAUGCACUUCGCCUGGGUUAUCAAGUCAGCGCACGGGUCGUUCGCUCCGGACAAUCACCGGUGGGAAGAUGACGUUCCCUUCCAUUCCUUCGUUCUCAUGGACGACACCGUUCUGAUCGAGCCGGAGUUGGGCUUCAGGCCGCAGCUCUCUGUCGCCCUAUCCGAAUAUGUCACAAAGGCCACCCUUGGGGAGGGCAGUAUCAAUGCUGCGAAGGACGCUCUCGAAGGUAGGCUUGAAUGUCGGAAAUUGAUAUGGGGGCUGGUGUAUGACACCCAGUCCUACACUCGCAGCCUCCCUGCGGCAAAGCUGGAGAAGGCGUACCAUCUUUUGCACCUCCCUGAUUUCGAUAGUGGGUGUACCCAUGUGCCUCUUCGUCUUGUCCAGGAGCUGAGGGGAAACCAGCAGUUUUGGCUGGCGGUGCUUCCAGGGCUCAGUCCCUACUUAGGGGCGACGAAUGACCUCCUGGGCCCGGCUGACGAAAGGGGGUUCGCGAAACCUAGAGGCACAGUGGCACAGCAGAAGGCCAUUUGGGCACGUUUUUGGGAAUCAAUCGAGCUCCAAAGACUGCUCGUGGAUGCCACUUCACAAUGGGAAGUCCGAUUUACCCACCCUCUGACUUCAGCCCUCACUGUCCGGGAGCUCCUUUCCUUCCCAGGAAUGAGUCAAAAAGUUGUCUGGGCGUCAGGAGAUGCAACCCCCCACAAGUUGGCGGCCGUGGAUUGGGAAGCCAACGUGGCGGUAGUGGAGCCGGCGGAAUCCGUGUGGGAACGCCUCCGGCGGUUUUGCGCCGAGCACGACCCGGAGCUUGCAGCUGCGGAGGAGGAGACGUCGACCGUCACCGAGGCUCGUUCUGAGCCCGGAGACGGGUUGAUGAUUUCGCUUGCUGAGCUUUUGGCCGUCGUGUCGUUGGCGUGUCUGAGAUGGAAGUCCUGGAAGGGAAAAAUUGUCAUCUACGCCGGAGACAACAGUAAUGUUAUCUCAUGGCUAGCCAAAAGACACGCAGGACCACCAGCAGCUCGGUUCCUUCUACAACUUCUGGCGGCACUUGAGACAGUUGGAGGCUUCCGCUUGCACGCCGAAUAUAUCCGGACCUAUCACAAUCAAGUCGCGGACGCUCUCACGCGGGAAGAAGAAGGGCCGGUUCUAUCAGCUUGGAACCUGGAACGAAAGGAUUUCUCCGAAGUCCUCCUUGCCACGCUGGACAGGGGGUGGACCCGUCGGGCCCUGCUAUGGGAUGGAAUGGACCAUGAGGACCAAGCCUCCGCCCUGCAGUUGGGGUUGAGACGACAUCCGGAAGGCCCGCAGGGGCUUCGAUUCCCAUUGCGGCCAGGCAUUGUCUGCUGUGAGCUUGGCCCGGAGCCCCGCGUGUACCACUUGGAGUUGCUGUCCAGAGGUUUGAAAAUGCAGGAGCCCGGCCUAUUGGCUGACGAAGAGGCGGUCUGCGUUUUCUAUUGUGUCGGAAGGGACGAGGUUGCCACCGCGUCCAGCCUUGCCCAACAAGCCCAAGGUCUCCAGCCCAAGGGGAUAUGGGCCGACUCCAUCUCCUCUCUUGGCCUGAAAAGCGCUCAGGCUAGGUUACAAGAGAAUGGAUGGCAAACCCGGGUGGUACUCGUCAGCGGCCGGACACUCCAAGAUCAGUGUUGGUGGAAGCGAUGGAUUCUCCUUGCCGUCCCUAGGGGCGCGCAGAUGCCAGACCUUCCGUGUUUGACCGCGGAUGACGAGCCCGUUCAAGACGAACCCGGACCGGCUGCGGGGGCCGAGGCUCGCUCCGAGCCCGGUCAACUCCCAACCGACAGAAAGGUCGGGAUUUGCGAAUUGCCUUGGGAAUCCGCAGCGCGGGAGGCGCUCAUGUCUUGGCUCCAAGAACGUGGUUGGGGAGAUUCCAAGGUUGGAGGGAAGCACAAAAAGCAGAGGAAGAGUGGCAAAAAGAUGGAAUGGCAGGAGGAGCUGUCAAAAGCCAUGUCUCGAUGCCUCAGGCACGAAGCAGAAUGUAUAACAGAAGACGGCUGGGUGGAACUGCCCGACCUCCUGGAAUACCUCCGUAAGCGCCUGAACUGGCAGGAGAAGUAUUUCACGGAGCAGGUCAUCCGGGACGCCGUGGAGGAGAACUUUAAGCAGCGGUUUGUUGUCAGAGAAAGCGACGGCCGCCCAUACGUGGCGGCAUGGUCGGGCCACACCAUCGACGGUGUCUAUGGGCCGGGGGCAAGGGUAGCUCCCGAAGACGUCCCCCCGACACUGGUGCAUGGAACGUACCGUCGCCAUGUGAAGUCGAUCCAGGAAAAUGGGCUCCGGGGCGACAGACGGAUGGCUCAUCUGGUCAAUCCAGAUCAGGCGUCGGGCAAGUGGAGGUCGGACUUGGAGGUGAAGAUUCCCGUCUCUACUAAGGCUGCGAUGGAGUCCGGGGUCGUCUUUUACGUCACGGGGAAUUCUGUGUGGCUUGCCAGCGGAACAAUCCCGCCGGCAGCCUUGGGCGAUGUCUCGGACUGGGACACAGCCGAGUUUUGGUACGUGGGGCCCGUGCCGCAGCACCGGGGGGAGCCCAGCUCCAGCAAUCAAGGCAAGAGAGGUCGGCGUCGGGACGAGUGGGUGGAGGAAGAGCCACGCAAUUCUGCAAAGCUCAACCUCGCUGCCUACCGCUCGAUAGCCUGGCCCCCGUCCAAAGCUCAGGAGACAGACCCCAGGGAAGAGCUCGCCCGAACUGCGUCCGACCUGGCGGCGGCGGUAGCUGGCUUGGCCUGCCAAGAAGGCGAAGAGGAGGUCAACGUUGAUCCGGAUACUCUGAAGGCGGACGUCGUUGUUAUCUCGGAGCCUGACUGGGGCGCCUCCGGCCCGGAAAUCCAGGAGGCGCUCGUGCCAAUGACAAAGCUGGAGGAAUCCCUCGAGGUCAAAACCGAGGCUCGGUCCGAGCCCGGGGAGACCUUACAGGAAGCUGGCCCCGCUGCUCCCGCGACCAAGUUCGAAGAGUUGCCUGUUGCCAAAGCCGAGGCUCGAUUCGAGCCCGGUGAGGCCCUGCAGGAGGCUGCCCCGGGCGUCAAAGCCGAAGAAGAACUUCGCCCAUCUGCCCCUAAUCCAGCUCAGGCGGCCGGUCCUGGGGAAGCCCCGGCUGCUGACCCGCAGCCCACGCCCGCUGCUGGGAGUGUUAAAGGGGAACCCGAUGCCCGUGCAGAAGCGCCGGUGAGCCCGAAGAGUUCCGAUGCCUGCAUUCCAUCCAAGAUGUCCGACAGGUUGCUGCAGGAAAUCGCUCGGGCUGACGAAGCGAACUGGCAGAACCUCCAAGAAUCCCUCGCCAAAGCGGAAGAGGAUGGGUCGACCAAACAAGAUUUGAUAGACGACCUGUCAAGGCUUACUGCGCAGCGAAAAGAAGCUGCCGAAGGGAUACAGCAAAGUUUGGAAACCGAGAUCCAACGCAUCAAAGAUGCAGAGGAUGAAGACAAAAGUUAUCUCGAAGCCUUGGACGCUCAGGGAAGUUACAUGCGAGAAGUGGAAAGGAGAAAUCCGGUGCGGCCUUCUAAAGCCGUCAAAGUCCUCAAGUCUGCCCGGCUCGACCUCGAGAUUGAAGCAGGCAUCAGCGUUUGGGUGGCUAGGCGCCGGGAGAAAGGCAGACAGAGGGCACGUAUGCACCGUGAGAGAACUCAGGGAGGCGAAGCUAAUCCCUCCGCUGAACCUCUCGAGUCCCCUGAGGCAGCAGCAGCCGCACGAAAGGAAGCCGCGCGAAAGGAAAUUCAAGACUUCCGAGCCUCACUGCUGCAGGCCGAUGGCCAACCAAGGAAAUUUCGAAGAGCCCCAGACUCGCAAAGACGAAAGGAAGCGAAGAGACUGAGGCGCCAAACUCGUCGAAAUGACGACGCUAGUAGAGACACCAACCACGCCAUCGCGCACGCCUACCCAUUAGGUGGAGAAGUGGUGGUGAGGCAGACUACGCUGUGGCUUGCAGGGCAAGGUGUCAGGCCGAGUCUACCAAUCGAACUGUUUGGAAUCUUGGUAGCAGCUUCCUUGUUCCUUGCCGUGGGAGCCUGCCUUGCUAUCCGGCGAUGGGUACACGCCCGCCCUUCCAUGGGGCAAGCAAAUUCCCGAGGCCCUGUUUCGGGCCCGGGAAAGAACAACAAGAUGCCGAAUCCGCUCCAAGGCCCAACGUCGGGUCAAAUAUCGUCUGAGCGCACUCAUACCGAAAUUCUGCCCGACGCCAGCCGAGGCUUGGUUUCGAGCCCGGUGACCCCCGCCCCGCCCCCUGCGGCGGAGCCAACCUACGGGCGUCGCAUCCGGCUAGAAGCCGGGACCGUUGAUCCGGAAGGAAUCCCGCGGUGGCAUCGUUCCGAGUGUCUUAGGCCAGGACCCAGUCGAUGGGUGGAGCCGUGCAAAGAUUGUGCCGGCCAACCGGGGUAUGUGCAGCCUUCCGGAGCCGCCCACGUGACUCUGAGCGGCGAGAGGUGGCAUCAGGAAGGGUGCGGUCACAUCCGGGGCCGCAGACAGAUCCGCUACGAACGGUGUCUGUGUCCCCCGGGUGAGGCUAGCACAACGGUGGCCCGGCGAAAUCCCCGACAAGGUGUUCGACAGCGGCGAGUCGACGACGCCAAUCGGGACACCAACCAUGCCAUCGCCCACCUCUUCUGUGGAGAAUUUGGGCUCCUCAUCCUGGCCUUGUUAUACCUCUUCGGAGUCCUGCAUGCUUGUUUGCGGGCCGGGAGCGAAGAGAUUUCACGGGAGCAAAAAGACGAGAGACGCGUGGGAGGCUCCACUACCAGGCGGGUACGCUUCUCGCCUUAUUUGGAAAGCUUGGAAGAAGACAUCCACCCGAAGGAGGCGCCGACCAUUCAGCAGGGGGUGAAGAACAGACCCUGCCGCAGCCCGAAGGCAGUCAGAGAUCUCCUUGGGCACAAGACCCCACAGCUUGGCUUACCCCUGAAGAAUCGGCAAGACUAUCAACAGGAAGCUGUCAAUGUUGCUUUGGACAGGCUAGCCCUGACGACUCGUCGGACGUAUGCCGCGCAGUUGAAAUGGUGGCGCCUGUUUUGUGCUCGGCGCCAGGUGCACUGGCUCCUGACUGGGGUGCCGGCGGACGAAGAUCUCAUCAUUGACUAUUUGCUUCACUGUGCCGUCAACGAACAGCGUGCCCCGGGAACUUUGAAACUGCGUCUCGCUGCCGUCCGAAGCAUCCAUGUGACGCUGGGGCUGCCAGAUCCCUUAGAAGGAAGAAACCGGGUAGCGAUGGCCCUGGCAGGCCUGAGAAGGCGGUACAAGACGCCGGUUCGGCGCGCUCCCGUGACCCCCCGUAUGUUGCGUUGGCUGGAGGAACAUCUCCGAGGCCCUGUUUCGGGCCCGGAGGGUCCUAUCCUCUGGGCUGCCUUGUGCCUGGGGUUCUUCUUUUUGCUCAGGGCCUCAGAAUUUUUACCCUUGGGGUACAUCCCAUUUUCCCGUCAAUUAAAGGGAAGACAAGUACUCCUUUUCAGCAAAGGGGAGCAAUGCGACCUCCGCAACCUGGGGGAAGCCGAUGAGAUCCGGCUCCAGCUGAACGGUAGCAAAACCAACUAUAAUCUGGAGACUCACCGCAACCACUACAAGACCGGUGAGGCCGUCUGCCCUGUCUUGGCAGUCAGACAGUUCCAGAAAUACCCGAAUCGAUACUUGGGCGGCGUGGAGGCAGAUGAGCCACUAUUCCGAACACCGGAAGGCUGGGAUAUCCCACGCGAGGCCGUGCAGAUGCUCCUGCGCCGUGCGGCCGAAGCCUGUGGUGUGGCGGGCCAUCUAGGCUCGCACUCUCUUCGUUUUGGGGGCGCUUCGGCUCUCUGGGCCGCCUAUAAAGACGCCUCAGUGGUCAGGCGCUACGGGCGUUGGGCUUCCGACGCCUUCCACACUUAUUUGUGGGAGGACCGCGAAUACUCGCGCGGUAUGUCGGAGUCCAUGAUCAAGACAAGCCUUACGCCUACGCGUGUUUCACGCCCGGUAGAAAGGCAACCACUCCAGCUAUACAGUGGCAAGGGAGGGGUGCGAGCCCGGAGGGCAAAGACCUUUUCA